CUACAGUGAAACCUACAACUAGCGAACCGUCUACGCCAUCACCAACCACUGCUAAAACAACUACAGUGAAACCUACAACUAGCGAACCGUCUACGACAUCACCAACCACUGUUAAAACAACUACAGUGAAACCUACAACUAGCGAACCGUCUACGCCAUCACAAACCACUGUUUUGUCAACUACAGCAAAAUCUACAACUGUUAAAACAAGUACAGCUACUACAACCAUGGCUCCUACUACUGAAGGAUCAACAACACCAAUUGGUGAUGUAUGUCCAAAAGUAUGUAAGUGCUCAACUAAGCAUCGUGAGAAAAUUGUAGAUUGUUCUAAUGCAAUGUUGCAGGAUGUCCCAAGGGGAAUACCUAAAGAUACCAACAUACUUGAUUUAAGUUCAAAUAGCAUAACAGUAUUGAAUGGAACUAAUUCUGCGCUUAAAAAUCUACCUGAGCUAAGAUUGCUGUAUAUAAUGAGCAAUACUUUGACCAUUGUUGAAACUGGUGCCUUUGAAGGUUGUGGAAAACUGAGUGAGAUUCAUUUCAGCAACAACUCUUUGGGUAACAAUGGAAUACAGCCAGGUGUUUUCAAUGACACUGCAAAUCAUAUGUAUUAUUUGUAUUUUGAGAGAAAUGGUAUGAAUGAAAAUAUCAGUGCUGAUAUGUUCAAAGGUAUGAAAUCGAUUGAAGGAAUUUAUUUUUCGUAUAACAAUUUUACAAUGUUGAAAAGGGGCAUGUUCAAAUACAC